AUGAGUGUCACGCCAGAGAUUAAGAGUCGUGGGAUGAAGUUUGCCGAGGAGCAGCUGCUGAAGCAUGGAUGGACCCAAGGCAAAGGUCUGGGCCGGAAGGAGAAUGGCAUCACCCAGGCCCUCAGGGUGACGCUGAAGCAGGACACUCACGGGGUGGGACAUGACCCUGCCAAGGAGUUCACGGACCACUGGUGGAAUGAGCUCUUCAACAAGACUGCAGCCGGCUUGGUUGUGGAGACUGGGCAGGAUGGAGUCCAGAUAAGGCAUCUUUCUAAGGAGACUACCCGUCGUAAUCGUCCCAAGCCCAACUUGCUGUAUCAGAAGUUUGUAAAGACGGCCACGUUGACGUCAGGUGGUGAACAGCCAGACAAAGACAUGGAGAGCCACAGUGAUGAUGACAGCCAGGGGUCCAAGCCUCCAAAGAUUCUGACCGAUGAGAUGCUGCUCCAAGCCUGUGAGGGGCGAACAGCACACAAGGCUGCUCGUCUUGGGAUCACGAUGAAGGCUAAGCUCGCUCGGUUGGAGGCCCAAGAACAGGCCUUCCUGGCUCAUCUCAAAGGCCAGGACCCCGGGACCUCUCAACUACAGUCUGAGAGCAAGCCCCGCAAAAAGAAGAAAAAGAAAAGAAAGCAGGAAGGGGAGGAAGAGGCUACGGCAACUGAUGGGGAUGCAGAAGAGGAGUGCCCAGAGGACCCAGGCCAGAGCACCAGGAGAAGCCAGAAGAAGAAAAGGCAACAGCGAGAAAAGGCGGUUGCAGAUGAGACAGGGGGCACAGCUGUCGGAGGCGGGGACGGGGAGGCCACAGGAACAAGUGAGCUGGGAGAGUGGAAGAACGGGGAGCAAACGGAUGAGCCCUUCGGGAAAAGGAAGAAGCGGCGGCACCGAGCAGAGAAGGUGGGGGUGUCGGGUGGAACAGGAGGCAUUGGGCCGGAGCAGGCGGAGAGCGGGGCGCACGCGGAGCCGGGCAGCAGACGCGAGCAGAAGCGGCGGCAGCAAGACUUGGGCGCAGAAGCCACGGCCCGGGCUGCCGAAGACGGCGGGGCCCAGGAGGCAGCAAGCAGAAGGCACGGUGACGGGAAAAGCAGGAGAAGCAAGAAGAAAAGGCAGCGGCCCCAGGAGGAGGAGGAUGUAAGGGAGGGGGAGGGGGGCAGAGCUGGAGUCCGCCCUGACGGGAGAACAAGGAAGGAGAAACCGAAGAAAGACUGA